UAUUCUUACGCAGCUCGCAGCGACCAAACCAUAGAUGUAUCAAGAGACCAAACAGCCGGCAACGGAAAGUGCGUAACUCCAUUGAUUAGUAGAGCAGAGUGCCUGUCACUGGGCGGAGAUUAGAGCUUAACUCGGAACAAUGGCUAAACGGAGGAUCACACAGGAAACCUUUGAUGCUGCUGUCAGGGAAAACAUGGAGGAGUUCGAGAUGGACCCAGAUGAAGCUUUGAGGGAGGCUGUGGAGCAGUUUGAGUCUCAAGGUGUGGACCUCAAUUGUAUAGUAAAAGCUGUACCGGCUGUGACGUCCGAGGACAAACAAGAAGAGCAAACACAUGAGGUCUUACAGGCUUUGGAUUCCCUCCGUAUUGGAAAAGACUCUGCUAGUGUAAAGGAGGUGACGGCAGACAUAAAAUGCUUCGCUGAGCAGUGCUCUCUUGGAUUUGCCCAGAGGUACCUGGCUGCCCAAAAAGAUGCGUACCCCAUCAUCUUCUCCUACUGCAAAAAGAGCAUGGAGGAGCAAGAAGCGGUGCUGGCUGCGCUGUCCGCUCUGGCUGCUCUGACAGAUGGACAGCCAGACUUGUUGGAUGCGGAGGGCCAGCAGUUCCUCUUAGAUGUCUUAAAGAAGUACCAGGCAGAUUCCUCGGUGACGUGCGUCGCCAUCUGCGCUGUGCGUCACUGUUGCCUAAAACAUGAACAGAACAGGCAGGAUUUGGUGAAAGGUGGCGUCCUGCCUCUGCUGACUGGUGCCGUUACUCAACACAGUGGAUGUGCCGAGCUGGUCAAGGAGACCUCUGCAGCUCUCAGGGUCAUGACCUUCGAUGAUGACGUCCGGGUUACGUUUGGGCAUGCUCAUGAACAUGCCAAGAUUAUUGUUCUUGAGCACAAUGGACUGAAGGUUUUAAUUGAAGCUGCAAAAGCUCACCUUGGUAAUACUUCUGUUCUGAGUGAGCUGUGUGCAACUUUGUCCCGUCUGGCUGUAAGGAAUGAGUUUUGUCAAGACAUCUGUGAUCUGGGUGGAUUGAAGCUCAUGAUGACAUUGCUUGCAGACAGCUAUGAGUCAGCGGAACUCGUUCGGCAGAUCCUCAGUGCAAUACGAGCCAUAGCUGGAAAUGAUGACGUGAAAGAUGCAGUUGUUAACGCUGGCGGGGUUCAGCUCAUUGUCAUUGCCAUGAACAGACACAUGAGCAACGCUGCAGUGUGUGAGCAGGGCUGUGCAUGCCUGUCUGUCCUUGCAUUACGCAAACCCAACAACUGCAAAGUCAUCAUGGAGAAUGGAGGCGCCUUGGCUGCUGUUCAGGCUAUGAAGGCUCAUCCUGAUGCGGUCAAUGUACAGAAACAAGGAUGCAUGGUGUUGAGAAACUUGGUCUCGCGUAUGCGUAACUUCAGCCAACUGAUCUUGGAGAUGGGAGCAGAGACCCUGAUAGCUCAGGCACUGAAGACCCAUCAGGACUGUGGUGACGUGGCCAAAGCAGCCCUCAGAGAUCUGGGAUGUCAGGUGGAGCUUCGAGAGUUGUGGACCGGCAAACAUGGCAGCCUUACCAACUGAAAGUGGAGAAGAGCUUCACUGAUUAUCAUACACGUUACAAUGAGUUUGCUUGAGAGCAAUUUUAAACAAAAUGAAAUGCUGUGAUGUUGGUAUAUACUAUACAGUAUGGCCAAAAGCUGAAGCGUAUGCACUUGCCUAGCUAAACAUUUGUACGGUGUAGUUGUAGAAAAGACUUGCAGGUAGUGUGAACAGCAACAUUAUCAGUUCGGCACACAAUGCCUUCGAGAAGUUGCAUAUAUUUUCCAGUACAGUCUGGUUGCACAUGUUUUCUUUGAAUUUUUGUAUCACAUUUUUGUUAAUGUGUGUUUUGUACAAUGGGUUAAUAUAAAUGCAUUUGCUGGUAUGCAAGUAGUUGCGCUGUAAGGUGCAAGCUCUUUUCUAUAGCCUUUUUCAGACAUGGGAUAUAUAACAAUUCUGGCUUAAUCAGUCUAUAAAGGGACGGCAUUCCCUCAUUCUUUGACGUUGAUGUUCUUUGUGGCUUUAUUCAGACAUACCCACCACUGUGAUAGUGAGCCACGGUACGAUAAUCAUCAUCAAGUGAAGUGUAAUAUUAACUUGUAACUAAAUGCAGGCUUAUCAAAAUGUUAAAACAACUAAUUGCCUAGUUUGGUUAAGAUUUUCCUAAUUGCUAAAAAUCCUGUCCAAGUGUGAUGAUAAUCUAACUUCUGCUCUACCAAGAUUGAAAAAAAAUAUCAAGACAGCUGAAUACUCAACCGAAUGAACAAUUUAACUGCCUGUCUGAUGUGAAAAAAUCAUCUUAACAGUAAAAUGUAUGAUAUUGGAUGCCUUACACUUAAUACUAAAGCCAAAUAGGACAUUUUUAAAUUUGUUAAUAACUUUGUUUAUUCAUGAUUACAGUGUAAAACAACAUUAAACUGUAUAUUCUGCAUGAUAAAACAGA